UCCCUGCCCUUCCCGCCGCCGCUCUUUUGCUUUCGCUUUCCCUCAGCUGACAGCGGUGAGGCUAUGGAGAACGGAGCCGUCUACAACGAGACCACCGAGCCGCAGGCCAAGUCGCCCCGCCUCUCCCUCGGCUGCACCCUGCGGCACCUGGGGAGGUGGCGGCUGGCCACCAAAGCGUUGCAAACGAUUCUCUCUCUUUUGGCUGUUAUUUGUGAAGAAAUUGUGGCUGAUUGUAUGAACUGUUCUGGACUUUACUUCUUUGAAUUCAUCAGCUGCAGUGCCUUUCUUUUGAACCUCCUGAUCCUGGGCGUGUACUGCACAGGCGCAUACGAAACAUUUGGGGAAGACAAAGUACAGAAAGUGAACUCUUGGGCCGUGGCAGUCAUAGGUAUCCUUUUCCUGUUAGCAUCAAUAGUGUUUACUGCAACCAGCUCUGGGUUUGCUGUUGAAAAAGCUGCAUAUGUGUUUGGAUUUCUUGCAAGUACUGCAUUUUUAGCUGAAUUUAUUGCAGAGCUUAUUUACCAUUGGAAUCAGAAACAAAAAACGGAGGGACGCUCUGAAAAUCCCGGCAACACUCAGACUGCCACAGAAAACCAGCCACUGAAUAAGCAAAGCUAACUUUCUGCAGGUUUUUUUUUUUUUCUUCUUUUGUGGAGCAAACUAAAAUGAACUUUCAGUGCACUGUAGGUAACAACUUCUUUCUCUUCCUUCUAAUCAAUUUUGUACGCACUGCUCACGGCAAAUUUUAUAGAUCCUUAGGUCAAGUAAUGGCAUCUUGAGCAUCGUUGUGUUCUCAGGUCCUGCUUAAUAACUGGUCCUGCCACCUGUCCAGGUGACCUACACUAAAAAACCCUUGUGUCUAAGUAGAAUAAGAUAACAAUGUCCUGAUUUGAUUUUGACAGAGAUGACUAAUAAAGGUUAACACGUGACACACAAAUUCUGAGCUAUACCCUAAAGAUAUCUGCUGUAUAAAUGGACCAGAUAUUUUUGUUAUGAAUUAUAAAUUACUGGUCAAGCUGGGAAUAUAAAAGGGAUACCUAAUUGGAGCCUUACAGAAACGCUGAUCCUUGCAUAAGGACGUUCCUUUUGUUUUUAUUGUUCAUGUGUCUCAGUUCUGUCUGUGGAGAUCUGUUUAAGGGAAUUGUGAGUGUAGGGGGUUUAUGGGAAGGGUAAUGUAAUGGUGAAUUAAGGAGGCAGUUUUGCACCCCAUGAUCGUCAAAGCUGGGACUGGUAUGCCAGAAUCUUCUCUCAGAUUGUUUUGAAAGCUGUAAAAGUUGCAGGAAGAAACUUGAAAAGCCAUCUGUGAGAGGAAAAAUAUGAUGAAUAGAUGUUUUUCACAAACAAUAACCUGAACAUCAACGGGGAAAAAACAUCACGGCAUGUUGGUACUAUUCUGGUGAAUAUUACUUGCAAGGUUAAUACCAUAUGCAUAACAUAUACUUGUUUAUGCACAGUAAAUGGUAAGUUUUGCCAGAAUGGUUACAGACCCCAGCAUUUUCUUUGUUUAUAAAUAUGGCACUGGCUUGAGACUUCAUGCUGCUGACUAGGUCAGCUGGAAAAGAGGGGAAUAACUGCUUGUACCCUUGAUUUGUCUUAAAAGCGAUAGGACUGAGAGAAACACUACUGAUGCAAUACAUACCAGACAAGUGCUAGACAUAUCAGACAAGAUGUGGAUGGCUGUGAAAGGAACAAAGUGGUGAAAAGGCAUUUUUCAGGUGUCUGAGGUCAAAGCAAGACUGCUGGACCUCAGGAAAGCCUUUUCAAAAGUAGGGCAAGUGGCUGUAAGCCAGGAGAUGUUCCAAAACACCAAAGCAAAUGAGAAAAAGAUGAUUAUGCAAAAACAGUUCUUGUUUGAGUGCUCAUGACAUUUGCUGUGUCUUGCCAGGCAUUAACUCCAUUUCAUCAGUACCCUGGUCUGACAAAUUUAUGGUCCUGUAACCUGUUGUGGAAGCACUGAGACGAAGCCUCUAAAAAUUGACUGGGCAAGCUCUGUUUGGGAAAGGGUGAGGAAGCUGUUGUAAGAUAGAGCACUGUAAAAGGUCAAAGGGUUUUUUUCCAGUGCUGCCACUUUGUGAUGAAUGUUAGUUUGUGAUGUUCUUUCUCCAGGGUCUGAGACUUAAGGCUGACACUACACUUUGCUUGGAGGAUGUAAAAUUUUUGACAGACAGUGUAAAGCAUCAAGUUGAAGCUGUAGCUUACUUUCAGGGCCAUGCAUAACAGAUAUACUUCCCUUCUUCAUAGAAUGUCCUUCUUUGUGAGGAAGAAAUGCUCUUUGGAGUGUUGGGUUUUUUUCCUUGUAUUUAUUAAUGUGCAUUUGCACUAAAACCUGGUCUCAGUCUAGGUGUAGCUGUUUGCGAAAACUGGGUAGAUUAGGGAUGUUUUGUUUACAAGCAAUGUUACUAGUGAUGCAAAGCUUGCUAUUAUGAGAAAUAUCUCUGCUAUGAUUUGCAAUGCCUUACCUUGGGGAUUGUGUCCGUAACUGUGAUUCACAUUCCAAGGGGUUUGUUUCAUUUUUUAAUUGCCCAGGGUUCUGAUGAAUUUACUUUCACAUCAAAACGUCUGUAGUCUCUAAAUCUUGAUCCACGACUAAAAGCUGUAAAUACAGUGUAAGAGUAACACUGCUGCUGCUAUUUAUUAAGCAAUCCAGCACCAUGACAGGACUUCUAUCCUGAGGUAAUUGUUCCUGUAAUUUUUCUCAGCUUGAAAAUACAUGAAUAGAGUUCUGGGUUUUGGUUGCUUUUUCUAUAGACUUUUUUUCCUCCAAGUGCUUUGUUAUUGGUGUCUAUUUCUGAAUUGGAGAUACUGGCACAGAAAAGGGGAUUUGUAAAGUCAUCUCUCUGCCUUGGCCUCCCUAUCUGUGUUACCUACUGCUGAUAUUUCAGAGAGAAACUGAAAUACAGAGCAAGUUAUUUUUAUGAAGAAGUGUCAGAAGGAGUUGGUAUCAGAAGUGACUCUGACUCUCACGAUCCAACUGUUAGGCCUUUCGAAACAAACACUCCCAGCCUUGGCAGAAGGGUUUGAUGGUUUCUCCAACCACAUACCUGCUGGCAUCCCUGGUAUGUUUUGGGUUAUGUGGGGGUUGUUGGCAUGUGUUUGGUUUGCGUUUUAGCUAUUCCAUGUAGGUAGUUUGUACCAAUUCUCUCACCACUGAUCCAUGUAUAGGUUUGAGGAUCGGAUUCCGUCUCUGAAAGAGAUGCAGGUGUUGCCAUCAGCUAAUGAAAAUGACAAAUGGUAGGCUUUGGGAAGCUGGCUGAUUGUUUUCCCACCUGUCUCAGGAAGAGUCCUGCCAUUCUUCACAAUACCUAUUGCUCUACUCCAGAUGCUUUAUAGCUGGCGUUAAUCUGUCAUGUAGAAUUAAAUACUACAAGCAAGUCACAUACUGGUUAUAGGGUUGAGGCAGUUGCUAACUUGUUGCUUCCAAACCAGUUUUUGGCUAACAGAACAGUUUCUGCAUGGUGGUAAUAUUAAUCCUAGACUGAUAAGUAUGAGGUGUUCUUUUUGUUCUGCUUUAAAAUAGUUGAGAAGCAGGUUUGCUAGUGUGUUAAUGCUGCUGCCUGCUUCUGUGAGUUUGCUUCCUUAACUGCUUCAUCAGCUUCCUAAGGUAAAGGGGCAGGUGUGUGUCCUUCCUAGCUCCUCUGCCCUCACAGGAGAGGUGAGGGAGAGAUUUCCUAGCCACAAUAGCUGAGCAGGCUAGUCUUCUGCAGUCUUGAUGUGGCCCUUUUGCGCUUCUGGUGUCAGAUCCAGGCUUUGAGUGCCUAUCUUUCACUUAGACUGAUCCCAGACAAUGAUACUGGAGGUGGAUUAAAUGUCUGGUUUUGUAGGAGCUCUAGGCAGGUGUCUGGAUGUCUCUUACCUCCUCUGCUCUGUCAGCAAAGCAGUCUGCUUGUUUCCCAACGUGCUUCCGGUGAAAUCAGCCUGUAUUAUUUAAACCACCUGUUUAUUAAAUUAAGGUGGCUGGUUUUGAUUGGAGUGGAUCAGGGAUUGUUCAGGAGUGGUUCAGGAGUGCUCUGGCAGGAGCACUGUUACAAGCAACCGUCUUAUAUUUCAUCUUCUAUUUGCAAAAUGACCUGCAAUGUAUGAUCCUAAGCGGUAGUAAAACCUAUGGAAAGUAGCAACAGGCCCAGUCUACCUGGGGCUUGCCUUCUCCCUUCCUCACCACAGUGCUUGGCAGUGGUGGUGUGAGCCUCCUCUGACACAUUAAAAGCUUUAUUUUUUUUUCCAGUUGAGCCCAUCCAAAAAUAUUUCAAAGCUCUGCCUGCACUUUCAGGCUUUGUCUACAGUGCCUUGAGAAUCGGUGUAGAGGAUUCUGUGGGACAUGUGAGGACUGAAGAGGCAGGACUGUGAGCUUCUCCUCUGAAAAUCUGCACGUAGAUUGUGUAGACUGUGAAUGGCUUUUAGUCCACAUUAAAGUCACAAUGCUACCAGUGCCCUUUGAGUUUUAAAUAUGUGAAGGAAUUGUGCCUUCAUGCUUGCACUUUGUGCUUAAAAAUAGCAGAGGCCUGUGGUCUGUUACAACCGAGUUCUGUGUUUGCACUCUCCCCCUCUAAAAGCAGUGAGCUAUCCAUCUCACACAAAUUCUGAGCUCCGCACAAGACGUUUUUGCAUAAUGGCCAUCAUGGUGAUCCUCAUUCCAGUUUGUGCAAUAAAAUUACCAAGCUUUCUACACUGAAGGGAAAGAAAUACUUUGUGAAAUCUUUAAAAGCUUAUAUAAAUAUGUAACGAAUCAAGAUGCUGGUAGUGCCUUUAAGAUGGAAAUUCAUCUUUGGUUUAGUCUAUUGCUGUAAACUCAAACAGUUCUCUAGAUAUGAAAUUUUAUGAUGUUCAGAACUAUAAUACCUUUGAGAAUUUAAGUGACUUUUAAUGACUGUUAAAUCAGGAUGAUCAUAGUGUUUAUAUAUAUAUAAAAUCUUUUUAUACAGUUUUAUUGCUGGUGUUGCCUUGAAUUUCCACU